UGUUACCUAUUGCGUAAUUCGAAUACUGGAACACUUGAGAAAUGAACAGUAGCAGAAUGGCAAAAAUCCAUUUUUUCAUAGUUUUAACACUGAUGUUUGUUCUACAAACGUCGUCCAAAGAUUGCACAGCUCAAUCGUGCUUAACAAGUCUGUACAAUUCCAAAGUUAUCUUUGCUGAUUACUACGUAAGACCAUUAGGUGUAUCCGGAAGUUCGGGCAGUUUGGGAAUAUCUAGUGGAGGGGGCGGAUCGAUUUUGGGGAGGAAGCGAAGCUUUGACUAUUACCCUCGUCACGCGGGAAUUGUCGUUACCCUGGAAAACUGGGAACGAUGGUUGAUACACAAGGGGUCUAAUUACGGCGAUGCUUCCGACACAGUCAUUACAGAUGCUGAUUACAUGAGUUCAAGUUGGAAUAUGAUCAAGUAUUCACAGUGGCUUGACUGUGAUUAUACUGUGAAUACGUUCAUGCAGAAUGCCCUUAUAACGGAACCCUACAAACUGAUUGGGGCCAACUGUCAGACAGCAGCAAACAGAAUGUGGGAGCUAGUGGAGAGAUGUCAGCGCAGAAAUG